AUGAACAAAUUCGCCACUUUCGCACUUGUGCUCUGCGCCUGCCUGGCCAUUGGCAACGCCCAUGCCUAUGGCAGCCGCAACGGCUACUCCAGCUACGGCAACCGUGGAAACUCCGGCUAUGGACAACAGGGUGAUGGCUCUGCUGCUGCUGCUAGCGCUGCUGCUGCCGGCGGUAACAACAACCGCAACGUGGACUACAGCUCUGCCGAGCCUCUGCGUCCCAUUCUGCUGAAUGGUGGCUACCAAUCCGGACAUGGCCAUGGCUACAACGCCCACCAGAUCUCGCAUCGUCCCAGCUACGGCUCUCAGCGCAGCUAUGGCGGCUACGGCGCCUCUCAGCGCGGCUAUGGCGGUCGUCCCCGUUGGUCUGUCCAGCCCGCUGGCGCCACUUUGCUGUACCCCGGCCAGAACCACUACCGCGCAUACGUCUCGCCCGUUGAGUACAGCAAGGUGGUCCUGCCCAUUCGUGCUGCCGCUCCAGUUGCCAAGCUGUACGUUCCAGAGAACAACUACGGCAGCCAAGGUGGUUAUGGCCAGCACCAGCAGGCCAGCUAUGGCGGUCACUCCCACCAGGGUGGUGCCUACCAGGUCAGCAGCUACUAA